UACAAUUCUGGGAAAAUGAGACAAAGGUUUCAAAUCUGAGUUGAAACUUUAUCUCACAGACAACAUACCGGAAAUGACUACUGGGUAGUUAGCCGUACGUGAUUAAUAAUUACUGGGUAGCCUGUUGGGAUACGGGAAAGUCCCUAUUUCUGAAAAAAAUGUAUGAGGGGAAAUUUCCCUUGUGACUAACUCAUCGUUUUUUUGCCACUUUCGUCUUCCUCAAACUGAUCAGAACGAAGAAAGACCUACCAUCGCGAGCCAAGAUAUAUCAUAAGGAUUAGAGAAUGAUGAUGAGACCAUUUCCAAAAUCCAUUUGUUAGAUUGAUUCUUUGAGUCAUAUAUAAUGAAAAGAAGCAAAACCAGAGAAAUUGAAGGAAAGUAUAAAGUUUACGAGUGCAACCUGUCUUCUCCUUCCAUCCCAAGAGGCAAUCAUUACGGCAUAUCCCACUACAAGUUGAAGGGAGCACCAUUGUCAAUGAAAGCAACGUGAAAAAUCUGUUCGAUUACCAGAGAAAUUCAUAAAUUUACGAGUAUUGUUAAAAGCGUUUUUUUUGGGAGGGAAACCAGUGUAGUUUAAACAAGAUGUCUAGAAAGGACGAAAUAGAUUGUCCAACUUCUGAAGUUGGUAGUAAAUCUUCUUUCAAUGAUAACCCAGCAUCAACCAUGGGAAACCCAUUAAUUUUACCAAAACAGUCACAACAAUAUUUCAUAAGACCCACAGUGCCGAUGGCCACAUUGUCUACUAACACCACAACAGUUCCAUCGGGAAGUUAUAUACAAUCUCCUAUAUCAUCACCAACAAGAAGUCCUCCACCACCAUACGGCGGAUCCAGCAGCCCUUUGUCAGAUAAUCCUAUGCAUGGAAAGGUCAAAUUCCAAAUCAUGAGAAGAAAGACUAGAAUGCUUCCUAAUCCCAAGAAAGCACACUCCAUUGAAAUGAGAAUUAUUGAAACCAGAGAAACAUUCACCGAAAUCUAUCUUUCUGGAGCAGAGUCCGAAAAACGUGAAUUUUGCAGACACUUGAUUGAUGAAGAUGCUCCAAUCAAUACCAAGUACAAGGAGCUUGAUUUGGACUCUUUGUUGAAACAGAACUUGGUUCAAUCCAGAGUUACAUACCUUGUCCAAGCUCUAGGCAUCCAAGAAAAAUACGCAUCAAACUUGAUCAAGGACGUUAGACCUCAGUUUUGGAGAACUGUUAAAUUCACCAGCAGUUUAUGGAAAACGUACCUGGAGAACAUUAACGGUAGUGUAGAAAUCCUAAUGAAAAUGGGAUACACUAAGCGUCUCAAGGAUGGACUCUCAUUUCCUGACGAUAUAAACGAACCAGAUAUUGUACGCGUCAAAGAAAUUGCCGCGGAUUUGUAUUUAGCGAAAAUUGAAACAGAUGACUUGAUUCAAAACAGGCACCCUUAUUACGUCAUCGCGUCAAGCCAAAGGGAAGCAUCCUCUGGGCCGUCAAAAGAAAAGAUACGUGCUCCAACUGGAAAAGAAAUCUCCACGAGUGAAGACAGUGAUUCUGAAUACGAAGAUGCUAAAGAUGGAUUAUCGAAUGAAGAUGAUACCAUCUCUGCACAACAAGUACCUGUCGCUACCUUGAAGCAGGCUAUCUCUUCUCCUCCACAAGAAUGUUUUGUUUGUGGAGAGAAAACAGUAGCUUGGUUUUGCAAAGAUUGCAAAGAGCACUUCUGUCAGGACUGCGACGUGAAAUUUCACAGUCGUCAUGACAGAAAAAACCAUGACCGUCAAAGAUUCGGAGGCGAAACCCCCGUGACUACGUAUACCAGUACAUCGAAAAGUUCUGGAGACGAGAUUGUCUCGCCAACAAUGAGAAAGCACGAAAAUAUCGUUUCCCAAAGGCCAUCACCCACAAGACUGGAGGACGAUGGUAUUAAAACAAAAAAGCCUGUUCCAAAGCCACGGAAAAGAAUUCCAAGCAAGACCACAAGAGUGUCUAGUCCAGGAAGUAUGACUACCAGUGUGUCUAGUCCAGACAGCAUGACUACCAGUUUGUAUAGUCCAGGAAGAAUGCCAAUUACGAAACGUUCUGACAUGGCUAACAGCCCUAGCGUAGAGAAGCUACCUCCGCCUAUCCCUAGCAGAACGAUUCAAAGUCCAACAAACUUCAACAAGAAUGUGACAAAAUCUGGUUCUGUAAUUAAAGAAAAAGUGCCUCAACAGCCGAGUAUACACACCAUUGAGCGUGAGAUUCUACGGCCACCAAACGUUGCAGAGUACGAACCGAUGAAAGAACCGCUGAAAGUACUCUUACAGUCCCAGCAGCAAGAAGAACCUAUUUACGAAUCACUGAAAAACCCAGAAAACCACAUCUAUGAAACACUAGAUCAUCAAAGCAAAGAUCCUCCUCCUUUGCCUCCAAAGCCUCCUAAAAGAGAGACUACAACAGCUCCAGUUUACAAAGGCGCGACCACUUGUCCAUAUUGCUAUUGUUUGAAUACAUCUGAUACUGUAAGAUGUAACGCGUGUGGAAGGAAAUUGCUUGAACAAUCCGCAAUUCCUGCAAAAUCGCCGCACAGACAUGAAGAACAAGGAGUAAUCCAUGACCCAUGGCAAAGCGUAAGCCAUCCUAUUGUUAAGCCACAAGGAACUGUUUCUCCUUUCUCGAAGACCGUGGAAAACCCUCUGUACUUCAACAGCACGCCACAAGCAGGGAUUGCGAAAACGCCAAGCCCAGAUUUGACCACCACAAGUUCUGAACCGAAAUGGGCAUGUGAAUUUUGUACUUUUUUGAAUCCAAUGGAUAAAACGAUAUGUGACAUGUGUGCAAAGACGAAGUCGGAAGGGGCCAGGGUAGUAGAGCCUAGUCCAGCACCAUCGAAGAGUCCCAUCACACCUGAACCAAUGUCAAUACUGUCUCCGUCAUUAGCAGUCAAGCUCCAAGAAGACGAGUUGAAAUUGACUAGCGAGGCUUUGCGCACUGCAAGUCAGUCUAAAGUAGUCCAGUCCUUGCAAAAAAAAGAAGAAGAGCUGCUACAAACCAAAGUUAAUGACCAUAAACAACUGUACAACAUACAACAGGGUAUGCUUGGUAUUGUUUCUCCUACUUUAAGUUAUCCCUCGGUGUUUUCAUCAUCCAGCGAAGGGCAAAGCCCCGAGUUGCUUAAAACAUCAAAGGAGAUGUACGUAUUUAGACGGGAGACAAGUUACAAAGAGAUCAGAGAAGCUCGAGAAUCUGGACAAGAGUUUGUCAGAAGGAUGAAGGAAGCAGAAUCAAAGGGAUUUUCUGCUGAAGAAUUAAACAUUGCGUACACCCUUUCAGUGGACGAUCCUCAAGGUCCAGUUCACUGGUUACAGACCAAAUGGCUGGAUCUUAUCCACAAAGUCAUGAUCAAAUUCACAGAUCAUUCGAAAAAAGAGGAUAUUGGGAACUUAAGCCCCGAGGAAGCUAGACAGGCCUUGAUAGAACGAACCGGGGAUGUUGAGAGGGCUGUUGAAUUGAGUAUCGAGGAGCGUAAGAAAGGGUUACAAGAAGUCAUGAACUCAGGCUUCUACCCCAGGAUAGAGUGUGUCUCUGCUCUGGAUUCAAACGAUGGGGACGUCAGCAAAAGCAUACAAGACCUACAGGUCAUGUCCUUUCAACCCAUGCUUCAAAGAAUAUGGGAUACGUGCUUGGCGGAUGAUGCUGAUGGUAACGAGGAAUGGUAUCUGCGCCGAAAUCCUGACAGACAGUUGAGUACUUCACAUGAUGAUGAGCUGUUUGAAGCUAUGGUGUCUAACAAAGAACUAGACAGAGAUCGGCGCAUCAGAGUCAUCUAUGCCGAAAAAAAAAUGAUCUCAUGGGGUCGUGCUGAGACUGCAAUCCGAUUAAUAGACGCGAAUUUCCCUGUAUUGGAUUCUGUAGAGGCAGCUCAAGCAGUUGGAGAUUUCGAUAGAGCGAAGCAGUUUCUCCAACGUGAAUGCAUCGUGUGUGCAGAUUUUAAAUCUGAAAGUCAAAUGGUGACGAUGUUGAAUUGUCAGUGUCGUUUCUGUCGUGAUUGUGUUAAACAAUACGUAACAACCGUGAUUCAGGAACAAAACAUUAUGAAGUUGGUUUGCCCUGAUUGUGGCGAGCCUAAUAAUCUGGACAACGAUAUAGUGGCUACUGAAUACUUCAAUAACUUGGACAUCAUGAUUCGUCGUAUCGUCGAUGAACCGACUCAUGAUUUGUUUCAACGAAAACUAAGAGACCGAACUCUUAUGAAAGAGCCUAACUUCAGAUGGUGUUCACACUGCUCUUCCGGGUUCAUCAAUGAGCGACCUGACUUGAUUAAAAUGGCUUGUCCCAACUGCCGCAAAUACACGUGUUUUAAGUGCAAGAAACAGUGGGAAGAUCAGCACGAAGGAAUCACAUGUGAACAGUUCGCUGCAUGGAAAACAGCUAACGAUCCUGAAGCCCAAGCACAUGGCCUUGCUGCGCAUCUCAAGGAAAAUGGAAUCGAAUGUCCUAAUUGCAAGUUUCGCUAUGAUCUGGCCAAAGGAGGCUGCAUGCACUUUAAGUGUAACCAGUGUUCGCAUGAAUUUUGUAGCGGCUGUUAUCAACCUUUUAGACAAGGAAACCAUUGUCCUGUAUCAAACAGAUGUGCAGGUAGAGGUCUUCACGCUCACCACCCUAGGGACUGUCUGUUCUUUUUGAGAGACAGAGAACCAGAAGAAUUGAAAAAGCUUCUUGAUGAACAUAAUGUACAGUACAACACUGAACCUCCUCAGAGGCCUGCGGCAGGUGCUGUAAACCACGGAUACCAGGAAGGGGAAGAAAGUGAAGUCCAAGGUGCGGCAGCAGCAGCAGCAGGAGGAGGAGCAGCAGCUGAUGUAGGACGCUGUAAUGUGAUGGAACAACGAGAAACUGGUAACGGCUUGCAGGAUGUCGAGUGCGGUAGAGAAACUCCUGCUGGAUACGCGGGGCUUUGUAGGUUGCAUUUUAAGGAAUACCUUGUUGAGAAAAUAAACGCGAACCUUAUUGAUCCACUGGGAAUGUUCGAUAUUAAUGAUCUAGAGGUUUUGAUUAAUCGCAACGAUCAAGAACCGCCUGCAAGGAAGUCACGAGAGAAAGAUGGACCGUUCCGUGAGCGUCUGGUACAGUUCGUUCAAGCUCAUUUUCCAUUACCCAAUAUGCCUCCACGAAGACGAGUACUAAAUAUAGACGAGGCUGUAGCUGAAGACCAGGUUCAUUUAAUUUUGAACGAAGAAGAACGGGACGGCCCGCCUCUUGACAGGUUUGCACCUGAUGUACAGGGAAUAGUCAACGAUGCUCUAGUCAAUGAUGGAUUCGAUGGGGUCAUUCAAGAUGAUUUACCAGAUGAUGAUCUUAAUGAUGACUUAUUUGAUGGUGGUUUACCAGAUGAUGACAUUUAUGAUGACUUUCCUGAUGAUGGUUUACCUGAUGAUGAUAUUUAUGACGGUUACGGUUCUGAUUUUUGAUACUGACCCAUAUAAAAAGGUUAGAUAUCGUUAUACACAUAUAUCCUAACCUUAAAUCUGCUUGAAAUAUAUAAUGAACUUUGCGCACUAGUAUACGAUAUUGAAACUUUUUUCUACUAAUCCAGUUUUUGGUUGGACAGACCUUUUUUGAGUAAGAUAAAGUGCCAAAUGCAUUGUUACCUAACUUGGGUGCAAACGUCAAGGUAUAAUGAACAAAAGUCAGAUGUUUAUACCAAAGCUUGGCCACAAUCAUACCUGCGUCAUUCAAAUGAUAUUUGAAAUAAUGACAGCUUUUGGGUCCCAUAAGCCUCGUUUAAAUUCCGAUAAACAGGAAGCACUAUGCUUUAACUUGGGUGCAAACGCUAAUAAGUCUAAUGGCCUUUGGAUUUUGUGAAAUUCAGAAAAAGGUCUACGAGGGAUCAUCUGUCGAUAUCUUUGGUUGUGGAACAAAUCAUUGAAAUAAUGGCGCGCUUUUCAAGUUUCUGCUUCCGGCAGCACAACUUUCAGCGGCGCCUGGGUUUUUGUCUUCCUUCAACCAAAAUAUUGCUAAUUCACUUAGAAAGUUGUAUAUACGAAACUGAAGUCAGCCAAAACAGGAGCUGUUGAGCUGUUGUCUGGGCUGCAAAAACAUGUAAAGAGUCUACGAAUAAUUAUAUUAUUUCGACAGCUCAAAAUUAAGUCGACAGCUCAAAGUUAUAUGUUCUCAUGAUAGCAAGUAUCAAUUAUUUGACAGAUAAAUAUGGACUUAAUUGCUAUACUUGGCUGUCCAAGCCUUAUCUCUAGGCUUACCUUGCUGAAGGUUUUGUUUUGUUGCAUACCAAGCCCGAAAUGCACUAUGGUCAAUGUGAAUUCAAUCAGAGAAAGGUCACAGAAAUAUAGAAUGUUACCAAACUUCGUCUCUACGUUUUCCGGUAUAUUUUCUUCUGCGCUGACAUGAUUUACAAUUUGAUCCAUAAUACAAUUCAGGCUUGUUGGCAUACAACAUUAAACAAAACCUACACCAAAGUGUUUUCUUAAAUAGACCCUUUGCAUGCAGCUCCAUCUGGGGGACAAAACAAUAAGUUCCAAUUCUCAAAAGAUUGGAAUUCUUUUGUUUUGUCCCCCAGAUCGAGCUGCUUUGACGUCAUAUGCAAGGUGUCUAUAUCGUAGUAAAGUCGUAGGCCACAAAAGGGCAUACGAAGCUUUGAUGCCUGUUGCUAGAUUUGUGACUAUAUCGUAGUAAAGUCGUAGGCC